CUCACCACCACAUGUCGUCGUCAGGUCGACGGCUAUUUGUAAAGAACACAAUAGCCUGUACAACUCCUAGAAUUAAAUAAGAUUUUCAGCACGAAAUUCAAAUACAUACUUCGCCCCAACCCGGUACCCCCGGCAGUAGAUCGCCACUGGGACCCCCAGUCAGUGUUUGUUUUGGAGCUGUUGCUAUUAUCUUUUUCAGGCGUACAACUUCAACUUGUUUUAUCAAACUUCAGCCUACAAAGUCCCUCUGCCAUGUCCACCUCGAUACUAGACGCCGGCAAGGACGAUGACGCCAUGUCGACUCCGCGCUUGGAAACCGGCGAGCGGACCCCACCGGAGCUCCACGAAGUCCAGGUGGUCCCGAAACUCCCGGUCGCGCUCGGGAAGUUGGCCGGAUCACCCUCGUCGCCCAGAGCUGCUCGAAGUACUAGCACAACGAUAAACGAUUACAAUGCCAAUAACAACUACGAGCCGCCACCAAGACUGUCCUCUUUGGAAGAGACACUAACGCAGACGAACCGACUGCUCUCCUCCACCGCGUUUCAAUUCGGCACGUUGCUAGACGACCAGGAAGUGAAGAAAUCGCUCCGAAAUUCCCUCGCAAUCGGGUUGGGAACUUCGCGCGGUUGCAUGGAUAUCCUGUGCAAAAGUAUCGUACUCGUCGUAAAAGUAAUCGCGUUUAUGCAUGGCAAAUCGCUCUUUCAAAGUAAGUCAGCAUGAGAGAUUCCAUUUGUGAUGCUGAGCCAAUAAUUUGUAAUGCGAUUGCUGCUAGUACGACUACGAUGCUUUUGCAUUUCAUAAUGGAAAAGUUGCAGCAAUCCCACCCGGAGUUCCUCCGGAGGAAGUCGGAGAGGCGGGUCAAGGAAAGACAGCACAUGAUCACGAAAAUCGUGAAGAAUGGAAUCAGCGACACAAACGCGCUUGUUGAGGCGAAAGAGGCGUUUAAAGAGAUGAAGUACUACCAAGAUCUGCCCCGGAAACUGGCGAUCAGAAGAGCGAUGCGGAAGGGUUUAUCCCUGGAGGAAACGAACGCGAUUCUGGGGCAGCUAGGUUUCAAAAAAGUCGUCGGGCGACUGGAUGCGGGGGCGUCGCUGGUAUGAACUGCAAAACUAACGCACUAGUAUAAAUUGCAUUACAAAUUUCCUCAGCGCGAGAAAUGGAAUUUGUCAUGCUGAUUUGCUUUCCUGGGAGCAAGAUUUGUAAUGCAAGACUUGCAUAAUUUAUACCAGUGCGAUACUUUUGCAGAGGAUAGCUGGCUUUUUAGGACUUGGUAACUAGACUGAGGUGCCGCCCAUGCUGUUUGGUCUGAUGGAUGUUUACGCGCGUAAGCGGUCUCGACGAAUUGGUUGGACAUACUGUGUGGCUCAGCCGCACUCGUUGUCGUGUCGGUUUCGACCCUCACGCGGCGACAGCUGCCUGUCUGGCAACCUGUCACCGCCUCUUCGUGGCCUUCGCCACCGGUCGUUUGUGCUCGACCCUGCCUCCUUUCGCUGUGCGACUGGGGGUGGGUCUCGGGUACAAAACGACCGUCCCACCUCGGGGGAGAGGUCAACUUCUCUUGUCCUGGAUGACAAAGUUACCACCUCUUGGUACACCAUCGGUUCAUCUGUGAUGAAUCUGUGCCCGUCGGCACUGUGGCUGCGUCUUCGCGCCACGCUGCACCUCACGCAGCGCUGCACCUCACGCAGCACCGUCGCGUCGAUGCGACUAUGUGUCCCUCACGACACGCGUCUGUGGUGCGCGAGCACCCCUUCGCACCCAGUGCUGCCUCUGCAGCACGCGUUCUUACGUUGCCAGCUCCCCCGAGGGGGACCGAGCAACGUGCGGUUGGACACCGCAAGGCGUGUGUGUUAUGCUCCACCGGUGUGCAGGCUAGAAGACCUGUGCACGCGUCGGUGUCGGCACUCACACUUCAUGCCUAGGGGGCGCUGCUUUGGCAGCUGCCGCGCCCCCGCCGCCUUGCACCUCCCCGUCUGGUCCAGAUAGGGUUGUGUAAGUGCAUAGGCCCGUGCGUCGUGCGACCUCGUAGGUGAAGGUCGGGCGCAUGGACCUCCCGCCCGCACAUCCAAGUGCGGCGUGGGUGGCGUCGUGGUUCCAGCGCACCGCUCGUGCGCCUGCGAUCCUGACGUCCUCCCGGGGGGCGCGCGUAGCGCUCCCUGUCCACUUCUCAUGCCACCCGUGGCACCGGCGUGUCCCUCCACUGCGAUGUGGUGUGACGCGCCGCUCUCUCCCUUGCACUGCACGGCCGGGCUGCGGCGGCAACGUCUUGUUGCACUCGCACGACCCGUCCGUCCUGCCCUGCGUGGCCCGCGCGUCACGCAGGCGUGCUCACGUGGUAGCACAACCGUGUGCACACUUGCUUGACCCACAUGUGCGUGCGCAUCGACGCGCACGCACGCGCCCGCCGGCGCGCAUGCGCACGCUCGUGCAUGCGCGCCUGCCGGCAGGCACGCUGCGGUCGACGGUGGUUUCACCCGCCGGCGCCAGCGCAGCGUGUGUACGCAUGCAACCGUGUGUGUCAGCACGCUGCAAGUGUGCGUGCAGCGGCGCGUACGGGUCCCCACCCGCACGACCGCGUGCAUCGGCCAGCACGCUCGCACACGCGCGUGCACGUGUGUGCACGCUGUCCCAUGUGGCGCAAACAAGCACAAGUCAUGGUGCACAACCCCCGUGCGCAGCACGUAGGUGUCGUCCCCGACACUAUGUGCUGUCACUCACGUUGCAACACGAUGUUUGAUCGCCCGACGUCGUGGCGCAGCGCAGCCCGCUGCGGGCCAUCAGCUGCUACAGGCUGCCGACCUGAGCAGCUGGCAAGCAACCUGCUGGCACCACACACGGUGACAGCAGGUGGCGUUGCCUCCCGUUGCAUAUGCAGACCUGCGGCACCACCAUGCACACACCUGGCAUCGUCGCAUCACGCGCUGAAGAACACUGCGAACGACCUGCACCCGUCCGCGCUGGAACAAGCACAGGCAUAGUGCAAUAUGUUUGUCAUGCAUUUUUACACGCCGUCAUGUGAUCAAAAUGCUAACUCCCUCACGAUCCACACCAAUCGACUAUCAGGUGACAUGCAGCACCACAGCCCGAGCACAGACACCACAGGCAUGGACACCGCUACUGCGUGAAGCGACCACAGCUACACGUUUGUAUUGUCCGAGCACAGUGAGACUAGCACUCCCAAGGUCCGCUUGUCAGCGCACUACAAUACGCAACCAAGGCAGCGAAUAGCAGCACGAAAGAGCUUGGUUACUCAUACAGCUCGAUGCUCGCGUUGGAUCCUGUGAAAGCAAAAAGCUUGAUGUUCGCUCCACCUUUUCCACACUGAGAUCACGAUCAUCUUUCUGCCCUUUUUGUUUGCUUUGCGCACCAGCAAGAUUGCGAUCUGUUCCAUACCAUCGCCAAAAUGCACGUCGUGUGCCCGUUGUUCUGGAUCUUGCAGCGCAGCGUGCGCGGAUAGCGAUCACCCUGUCCGCUUUUUUCCCACAUUUUGAGCAGGAUCAUCUUGCUUUAGCAUCAAAAAAUGCCGAUUAAGGUGCACAGCGAGCACAACGCUGUAAGGAUCGUGGAACUUACAUGCCAGUCGACUCUAUGCUGGGAAAGAAUCGAAAGUGAUGCGUUACGGACCGCGCACGUGGUCGCAGGCCAGCGUGUCACGAUCACGUACUACCGAACUACAGGAGCGCUGUUGUUCCAGGGCGGUUCGGCGCAAAAUCGUCUCUCCGAGACGGCCCAGGCCUUGAUAGACACGCUCAAAAAGGCAAUGCCGGCCGCCACGCUGUGAUCUUGUCCUUUUCUCGCUCGCUCGGCACAAUGAACAAUCAUCAAAAACAUAGGAGAAUUUGUGUAAUGCCUUCCCAUCAAUUCAAGAUGGACUUGCACAAUAUGGCCCAGCGGCAGUACAUAGUGGAGCACCACACCAGAACCGACACCAAGGAGAAGCGCGAUCGGUUCAUGAGCGACUUGCUCGACGCCGAGUCUAUCGAGGACUUCGUUGACGCCGCCGCAGACGCUGCCCUGGGCCGAGAGUUCGGGAGCAUGCCAGAAAGGUAAUCUUACUGCCCUAGCCGCAAAAGAAUACGGCGCGUUUGUGCGAAAAGCCCCUCACUUGUGUGUUUCUUCAGCCCUUUCUGUGAAGCCAUGUUGAUGCUGUGCUCGGCAUGCCAGGAAAUUUUUAACAAGCAAAUUGCCAUUUAUUUUCUGCUACAGGUACACUGCGAGUCGCCAAGCGAAGCGCAACAAGAAGUCGCCGGCGCGCUCUCCACCGUUGGCCCUGUGCAGCCAAAAUUUGCGACGACUCGAGCAACAAAAUACGGGCGAGAAACAGACUUUGCACAGAAGUUCCGUCGUGGUGAGAGGACCCUCCGACAAGCCACACGCUGCCGCCCCCGAGCUAACCAGCGAGCAGGAGUGCGACUUACAGAAUUGCAUCUCUGGCGCUGGCAGUUCUGGUUUUUAUAACCAGCUCGAUUUUGAUGAGAAAGUGAAUGCUUGGAGCGAUCGAUUUAGUGAGCUCGCAGCGAGAAAUUCCUUAGAGCUAGCAAGUGUGCCGCUAGAGCAGCUGAGCGAAGGCAUCGAGAAGCGUGUUGCUCUGAUGCAUAAGGCAGGACACAGGCCUCGUUCUUGCAGCAUCGAAUUGGAUUACUUUGGUCAGUAUCGCUUUGCAGUGCGGUACGACCGAGGCGAAUACAGAUUCCGCCCGGCGAUCGCUGAGGACUAAGUAAUUAUAGGACUUUGCAGUUGUGCAGUACGUCACUGCUGCCCCUGUUUUGUGAUCCACUGCUCUCGCACCCUGUUCACCCGCAGUCCCACAUUGAUCAACCACGGGCCAUGCGGCAACGCAGCAGCUUGCCAUGCAGCCACACACCCAACAAGAAAUAGAUCUCAUCGCGACACAGCAGCUCGCAAAAAACAAGUUCCGCGAUGAUCAAGCAGCAGGAUCAAUGUUUCAGCGAUUCGGCAGGAUCAAGCAGCAGGAUCAAACAGCAGGACUGAGUCGGUUCUUUCUUUGUCGCUUGCGUUAUUGCGUGCAGGCCCGAAUUACACGUAACUCACCUACCAAUUAGGCUGUUUCUGACGGGAAACAAACUACUACUCACAAACUCAAAGUUAAAUUGUCAACAAAGAUGGCCAAAAACAAGAACACGACCGCGACACCCAAAGCCGGCGCCGCCGGCAGACGAAAAAACUGUAUGGCUUUUUCUAUAGCAGUUUGUUGUUGCACGCUGAUCAGCGCGUGCCUGUAGAAAGAAAAAAUUGUUGUAAGCAAUCUGUCCUGGAAUAUUGAUUCCCCCUUACGAUCAAGCCACUUGCGUCAGAAAAAAUUUAUCAAUCUCUUUCCUUCAGGUAAAGAAGAUAAGCUGCAGCUACAAGAGGAGAUCCGAGUAGACGAGCCAGCACCAGCGGACCAGAAGGCCGCGCACGACCCCCCUGCCACAACCCCCUCUGCCGAGCACAUGGCCGUAUCGGACGAAACAGCCGUGUACAGCGCCAAAAUUCAGGAAAAAGCCGUGGACAACGACAAAUCUCAGGAAACAGCCGUGCACACCGAUGCCGCUGCUACAAGCCAGCCUGCGAUCGUCGAGAAGGAAACAGCCGUGCGCACCGUGGUCGACACAGCCGCGCACCUGGCCCCCCUUCGCACCGAUCCCCAACCCAACGACAAGGACGCCUUACCGCCAUUAAGGAGAGCCCAGGAAUUUCUGUACCAACACCACCCGCAAUUCCACGCCCCAGCGACAGGUAACAUUUACAAAUAGGGACGUAGUGCAGUGAUUUGUGAGUGAGAGCUGUUUUUGUUUUUGGCGUGUCUUGUCCGCCCUGUGUUUGUGCUGUCUCGACUUAGUCUUGUCCACUACAUCACGGCGCGUCGCGCCCGCCAGCUACCAACUGCUGUCGACGAACAACAGCUGAUGUGAAAAACAGUGUCAAGCAACAAAUCUCGUUGUCGGUCCACAGAGCGCUUGCGACGGAGCAUUAGCUGACAGGUGCCCCGCUUCUCGCCCGAGACGCACCUACACCGUCGUCACCGAAGGCGACCAGCCUUCUCCAUCUCGUACGCCCACCACCCGUAUUUGACCUCCCGCUCCUGCCAAGACGCACUGUUCCGGGCACCCCUCCGCGAACGAGCGUCGCCCUCGUGCCCCCCAAGGAUCCGAGCCCAGACCCGCCGUCUGAGUUCAGAGUCACCGAGUCCGAACUUAGCCACAGCGUUCAAUUUGAUCCAAUGGGCCAUGCGAUGCUACAGGAAGCGAUCGACAGCGAGGACGCCAUAGGUAAGGAGACCGAGGAUAAGAAGACAGUGAGACUCCGCGUAAAUCUCACUUCGCCGUCUACAGCUGGUAUAAAAAAUCGACUCUGUGUUAAUCAAAGUCGACUUUUGCAUGCGAGCAAGGAUGUAUCGCAUAGAAUGAAACCCGCCUUGCCUGUCAUGCAAUCCCCCCCCUCCCAUGGCGGGCCCACGUGGCACCCUGCUACAUGAUGGCGUGAUAAUAUCAAACACUUGUUUUUGCAGGUAUCAUAGAUGAGCAGCCGCGAGCCGAAACGCAAGAAACCGAGGCUGGCGUGCCCCCAUUACCGCCCUCAGGCGACACCAAGAACAAGCUUCCCGCCCCGACAGAACCAGAGGCGCCGAAGCAAACCACGACCAUCGGACCGCAUGAUCGAGAAAGGAUGGACAGCAUAGUGAAGAAAAUCAAAGCACAGCAGGAGGAGCGUGCGCGGGAGAGAGCCAAACAGCAGCAAGCUGCUUCCUCCUCUCUCUUCGGUAUCAAGAGCUCGUCGGUGCCAUUUGAUCAGUCGCAUCCCCCGGCACUAGGAAACUUCAUCAACAGGGAAAAAACAGCUACGGCGCUCUUCCUUGGCCCGUCCCCAAUCAAGAAAUCCUCCUCGCCGCGCCGAGCCACCUCGACGCUCGCCGACUACAAGUUCGGCCGAGCAUAUUCGAUCUGGGAAAACAAAUCCGGAGCAGCCCAGGAACGACUUUCAAUCAAUGCUCCCCGUUGGCGCCGCAGGACGACGAGCUCGACCUGUUCGGCAGACAAAGCAGCAACAAAAGCGACCACACAGCAAAGAACACAGCGACCAGCAGUACCUCCCAGCAAAAAGGCAAGGAUGAGGAGGCCAAGCCAGCGACAAGCAAGGCCAAUACCGAAAAGAAAAAAACUGCUCGCAGCAAAAAGGCGGACACAGGAGAAAAAGCCAGCACAGGCAACAAGCGAUCACGCAGCAAAAGCUCGGACCAAGAAGACGCGUCCAAGAAGGCCAGAGGACGGCCGAAGAAGCAUGCGGCUCCCCCAGCGGAUAAACAGCCAGCAACAUCCUCUGUCUUCGCACAACCCGAGGCAGCACUCCCACCGGUGCCGAAAGCGGAGGAGCGCACAACAGCGGAGGUACUCCCGCGAAGCAUCCUGAAGAACGCCAUUGCAGCCGACAAACCGACGACGCAACCCCUCAAGGUCCCGCCGUUGAAAAUUGACCCAGUCGGCGAUCGAAGCUCAACAGGUUUCAGCUGGUCACAGCACGUCUACGUCGACAGCCACCGCAUGGACUACUGGGGCCGACUGCAAGAACGAGUACCAAAAGGAGCUGAUGGCUAUAGCAUCACACUUAAUUAGCAGUGGACUCCCGUUCCAAGAAAUAAUGCGUCGAUUCGAAUUAGUACAAGUGCAACUUGACCGGGCACCAUCGGCGUCGGCUCUCCGAGACCUGCAAUCCAAAUUGUUCAUCAACGUCCACAAAGACAGGUGCCCAGCGUCCCUUGACGCUGGGGACUGGGGAGUAAGAUGCUAUCCGAAGAAUGCGGGAUUAGCACUUUUGACAGGAGCGACACUACGACCCGACUUCACCUAUCCACAGCACCCAGGUGAUGACGCACUUGAGCACGCGUUCACGAGCAAGCAUUGCAGCGACCGAUACUGGAAAAGGUACAUCCCCCCCCUCCCCUCUCUCUCCUCUUUGUCUGUCAUGCAGAUCCGUGUCAUGCGAACGCCACUAAUGAGAACAGACCUCUGAGCGCACACUAUUGCAAUAUCAACCAUCACACACUAAUCACAGCGUGGCACGCGGCGACAUACUGAGCGACGCAGUUUGCUUUUCCGCCCCGGCGAGAGACCAGACGUCACUAACGCUAAUGACGGCGAUACCGAAAGACCUCAAACUCCCAGCCCACUCAGUACGAUACGCCUGGCAUCAUGCAAAACGAGCAGGAUGUGUCCCGAACUGGCUAGCAGAACACAUAGAGGGACGCCUCGCGCGAUAUGCGCAAGUGCCGAUGCAAGGCGCCGUCAUUGAUGAGCUCCACCAAUUUCCGGAAAGCCCCAUGCAGUUGGAAGCAACUUUGUGCCUGAUGUACCUCGACUGGCUGGAAUUCUGCCGCAUCAUAUGGCCGCUACACAAGGAUCUCAACAGCCGGACGAUGAGGGAGCACGCGAGGCACUUCCACAGGGCGGCCGUGCACCUGGGGCAGACCAACCGAAAAAGGUAUUACCAGCCGAAGCAUUGCAAGCCAGCAGGCGCUGAGUUCACAAAACAAAAUGACCUGCUCCGGAAACUUCUGGUGGAGAACGAAAUGCAGGCCAUGCAGCACUACGACGAUCUCCAUCCCAUCCAUCUGGACCAGCGCAAAGAAGUCCCCUUUGAUCAGGUCGAAGCAACAACGUCCGAGGACGAGGACGAAGAGGAUGAUGCCGAGGAACUCUCGGACGACUACAUCGAAGCAGAAGAAACCAAUGCCACCAGCGCAGCAGAAUCUACUGCCCAAUCCGAGAAAGAGGAGCCAUCGGCGAAGAAACCGGCUAAGAAGCGUACAUCAACAGCCGCGCGGUCCACAUCCCAGCCUCGAAAAACCGCCGCUGCUACCACACGGCGCAAAAAGACGGACCCCCCGCAGGCCUCCUCGACCGCGGCGCCAGCAGUGCCCACCGUGUUAGAACAAACCACGGGCACGGCGCCCAACCGGCGACGACGCGACAGCAGAGGCGACAGUCGCGGAAGACGACAACGCAGAAGAGACAGCAGAGGACGCGGAAGCAGAGCAGCGGCUCCACACAGCAGGCCAGUCCAACUAGCCGCCAGCAUCCUCCCAUCUCAUCGCACCUGCAGCCGAUCUGUGUCGCCCGGCGACCCGGUCGAUCGGUACAGGAGAUCCUCCUUCUCGCCAGUACAAAAUACGACCUUGCUCCAGCAAACGAGUUCCAAAGGAGCUGGAAAAGGAGGAGGCGAUCCAUUCUCAUUCGCCAGGGAUCGGCGACCAAGACAGCGACAGCGAUCACCCAUAGGCAUAUCGUCGGCAUCGCAGUCACCAGCCCAGUCCCCCAGUCGGCGCCGGCGUGACGAUCGCAACCGCCAACGACGGAACAAUGAGCAGGAUGAUCAGGAUCCGAUCAACCGCCUCACCACCGCGCUUACUGGUCGAGCAGAGUCAGCUACAGACUCGGCGCCAAGGGUGGGAGCGGCGCCGUCUCACCAACCGGAGAUAUUACAAAGAAGCAAUCGGCAUAAACUACGACCACUACAACAACAAGACCCCGCACUUUGAAGCUGACUCCGCGCACUUCUACGUGACGGUGGGCAAUGUGGCAGUGAAACUCAGCCCAGUACUGUUCUGCCACCUCAUGCAAGUUGUCGACGGUCACCGCUCUUGGACCGCGGAAAAAUAUGCAAAGGUCAGCAACAUAUUCCACAUAUUGCACGAAGGCUCCUCUCUCAUUUCCGGAGACGACAACGAUGAGCGGACUCAGAAACAAGCACUAGUGGCAAUCGCGAUGAAUCAGCCGGCCCUCGACGUGCCCUAUACGCGCGCACAAGCGAAAACGAAGGUAGAAGACAUGUGGACUGCCCCGAUUAUCGGCGCCCAGCACAAAGACCAGAUGAUCAGCAUCCUCGUCGCCCUGUCUCUCCGCCAAGCGGUCAGCGGUGCUGGACUACAACCAUCGUUCUUCGGCGUCACGUAUGAACUCCUCUCCACGGCCAAAAAGGAGCUCCAGCAGUGCAAGCAAGCGGUUAUCUCAACGUCUCAAGUAACUGGACAAGAAGUCGCAGAUGAGCCGACAUUGACGAAAACGUUAAAAGACUUCAGUGUCGCCUCGAUUGUACUGCUAACGCCUUACGUGUUUAAGCUCUGGAACCAGGAUUGCGAGCAAUGCCACCGCAUGCGGACGCCAAUCUGCAAAAUUCCCCAAGCGGGGACCUGGGUGAAGAUCAACCCGGUGGUCGCAUUUCACGAGAUCAUCAACUUCUUGCUGCUAGGGAACCCAUCGAGCAAGCCGCCCCCGGCGCAAUAUGUGAAGUCGUUGCAACGCCUACGCAUUCACUGUGGCACGGGCUACGCAGGCGGCGUCCCCCCGUCCUUCACCUCGGAUUUCUCCUUCGGUACAUCAGUGAGCAACACCGCAGCAGCGUCUACUACAACAACAAAAGCUGCUACGACUACGACCACAACCACCACGGCUAAAACCAAAGCGGAGCGGCUGCGGGAGCAGAAAGCCAAGAAACAAGCCAAGAAAAAGGCGGAACAGGAGAAGAAGAAAUCGCUGAAAGAACGAGGCGAAGCUCGAGCCAGCACUUUUCAUGAAAUUGAGAGCCAGGCUAUCUGUCAAAUAGCUGAUAGUUUUGAUGGACCAGAUCCAAAAGUACGACUACGCCAACCUGGCGUGUGCAUGUGCGAUGUAGCUAGAGAAAUGGGCUUGACACGCACAACCAAGGAUGGCAGCGAACAGUUGAUCCAAUGUCGACCCAAAUUUAAGCACGUCAAGGGCAAAGGCAAAGUCGCAGCUUCUCGACCAUGCGAGUCACGACAUAAAGAAACCAAAAAGAUUGCUGCUCUGUACAAGGUGAAGGCGUAAAUACCCCAUUAGAACACAAAAUCACCAGCGUCUUCGCGCGCAGCACAGUUGUUUGCAACCUCCGCCAUUGGCUGUGGUUUUUUGUAAAAAGACAAAGUGAGCAAGUGUUCCCAGCAAUCAAUCAUGUGUCGUGGCCAUUCGGAAAAUGCAGUUCUGUUACACGCUCGCUAUCGGAUCCACGAGCCCAGACCUCGUUGCACCUGUGUCGAAGCGCCAACAAUUGCAAAUAGCAGCAGCAGCUAGCCAUUUACACUAGUACUCUACCCCAAAAGCAAAUGAAAAUGCUACACCUCGUCCUCUCGUGUCUCGCUGCAGUUACCAUGUCGCUUCUUGCCCCGACCCCGGAGGAAGUCAUUGCAGACCUAGCCAAAUACGCCGCGCCGUCCAAUCAGGUAUAAAUAUAGCGCCCAUGUUGGUAAUCAGAAGACCUACUAUGCAUGUCUCAGCCCCCUUCAUAGGCAACGCAUACCACCACCCACCACAGGAAAAACUGGAAAGGGUGGAGCGCCUCCAGAUGGCCCUGGAAGACGUCCGCAGCAACUCGGUGCGACCCGAGCAACAGGAUCUCCUCGCGCAAUAUGAGGCAGAGCGGGCCAAGGUGCCUCAUGUGCAAGCACUACGCGAAUUCUACGCGCGGAAUCGGCCAGACAUAUGCAAGACCAAGACAUAUAUCAAACAGCCUCUCAUGUGGUGGAACCUCGCUAAACGCCACGACUACCUCCAGCACGCCAUCACGGUCAACAAAGUAGUACUCGAUCAGCUGGCGCCGCCCGGUCCGGAAGACGAACCACCGCUCGAGACGAUGGCAGAUCGGGUAUAUGGUCCCAAAGGCUGCCUCAACACGGGACUCCCGCACCGCGGUCCGAUUGAGCUAUACAAAAUCUGGCACGGAGCCAAGGACAUGACCCCCGACGAGACCCUCCGCUACCUAAAUUGCCCCACUACGCAGGAAGAAAUUGACGACGCCCUUGCCAAGCUCAAUUUCACAAGAACAACUCCGUACACCUUCGAGACGCCGGAGAUGCUCCAGCGCGGCUGGGACGAGCUCCAGGGCAACAUAUUCAACCCAGACGAUCCAAACUCUGCCCCUGUUCUCAUGCGAACCGAUGCAACACCGGAGCAGAUGCUAGGGAAAACAGUCAUCCCCAUAUUCCACAUCGGCCAAAGAUGGGACCACGAGAAGCAGCACUUCUCCAAAAUAAGAGGAAUCGCCAACGAAAAACACGCGAACAAAGUGGCGUCGGCCUACGGAGAACACAUGACGAUGCCCCACCUCCCAGUCUGCAUUGAAAGGCGCCGCGCAUGCCUCUGCCCUGGACGGGCCCCGCCCCUGGUCGAACUCAAGAAGCACCUCAAGGAACAACUGGAGCAGGAGAGGAAGCGAUCCGGCAACUGGCAGGAUUGGAAAAUGGUGGGCGUCAACAUCAAAGGACGCACCAAGCGAGUAGGUGGCUUUACGCCAUUCAUCAGCAAAAUUGACAAAUGGCAGGCAUAUUUCCAACUCCCCAACAACGAGCCCAGCGAAUACUACAUGGCAGCGUGGAACCCAAAGGAGCAACGCUAUAAAUUCUUCACCAGCAAUGCCAUGUCCUUUGGUAAUCUCCAUUCGGUUUGCCAUUACUGCGGAGCAAUCAGCGGCUACGUGGAAGCAAUGAUAGAGCGAUGCCUCGGCAUCAGCUGCCUCUGCUAUGUGGACGACGUCACUCUGUUCACCCCUGAAUGGAUGGCCCCAGCAGCGCACCAGGCAGUCAAGCAGUUUCUCGGCCUCCUCGGACUCGCAUCGGCCGACAAGAAAGACAUCAUAGCGCAACGGAAUGUGCCCACCGAUGUGCUAGGCGUCGACGCCACCAGCUCCGCCGACGACGUCUCAUUCGCAAUGGCGCCAGAAAAAGUCGCCAAAGCAGUGACCACAGUCACACGGAUGCAGAGCGCGAUCCUCGACAGAUCGCGUGCCCUCCUCGACGUACAGCAAGCACUAGGAGUCACCUGCAAUCACCUCUUCGCCAGAAGAUGCCUAGACCACAGUCCCGCCGUGCGCCUACUAGCCAAGUACACAGCCCCGCGAGUCAUCUCCAACCUCAUCACGCAGGGCACCGAUUCGCACGUGCUAGCAGUAGCAGCCAUGGUUGAAGAGGCGAAGCAAGCUAUCAAGGAAAGUAAGCCGCUAUCUCUUGCGGCGCGCCUGAAUGGAGCCGCGACGGUAGAGAUCUUCACGGACGCAGCAGCAGAAGGCAGCGAUGUAUAUGUUGGGGGCGUCAUCUUCACAGCCGAUGAGCCAGUUCCUCUCUGUUUCUCGUACCACUUCACGCAUGGCCCGAACGGUCCUCCAGGCAGCACCCAGCUUCCAGCUGGGCUACGUGGCGAGAAGAUUUUUGUGUGCGAACUGCUUGCAGUCUAUCUUGCAGGAGAGUUCUGGCAAAACUACAUCCGACAUGCGAGAGGAAUCAGCCACAUCGACAACUGUGGCUCGGCAUACGCUAUCACUCGCGGAGCGGAGCAUCAUCGGCUGUCGCCGGGUCAGUCUUGUCUUCGAUGAUCGCUCAACUAUGGAGGGGGCUGGAAUUUACUCCAGUCAUUCACUACAUCAACACAAAGCGCAAUCCAGCGGACGCGCUGACGCGACUAUCUCUGAUGCAGGCACUCUUUAAGCUAACAUCCGCCGAUAACAGGUCCGCUGAAUACGGUGAAUUACUCAGGCAAGCGAUCGACAAUGCCGCGACCCGCAUCCAAAACUUCAAGCUCAAGUACGAGGAAGCCCUCGUCAGCAAAUCCACCACGGGCUAAAAACAUAGCAAGGGACCCCGAUGCACGCCUCGAGUAUCAAGAUCAGCUCUGGGUGUGGCCGAUGGAGGCGAGCUUUCCCCAUCAAUCUGUCAAGCAGCGGGAAGCUCAUUGGACGUCGUUCGUUAGCUGGUGGAAUUCAUUAACCACCACCAAACCCAGCGACCGAAUUUACAUCCCGAAAUACGGCGAACCGAUGACGCGCCUCCAGUGCCCCGCGUUCACCUACUUGCGAGAAAUUUACAGCUUCUCGGAGUUCCUCAUCGAGAUGGACAUGAGCCGAAGCCAAGCAAAUUACACCUGCGCGGUCAUCUCCAGACUAAAGCAAAUAGGUGCUUUUUCUUUCUUUUUGUGGCACCUUGCGUCGCUAUGUUUCUUGCAUCAUUCGACAACUCGUGAGCAGACGCAUCCUCUGAAUCAACAACAGGCAAAAUGGAAGUCACUGACAACAUGAAGCUGCUCACCAACUCCGUCAAUCGGCUACGGGAGCAAUUCUCUGCCGCAAAAGCCAAACCGGUGACAGCGGCCAGGGUGAAACUGCUCAACCAAAUGGACAAGAACAUUGCGCGCUUCUGGGUCUGCUCCGGACUGCGAGCUGCCUCAAUGCAGUCAAUCGACAUCGUCAAGCCCAACACAGACGACCCAAAGUGGGCGACCGCGUUGGUGACAACCAAGUGCAGCUCAACGGUAUCGCAGGUCCAAUUUCCCUCCUACGUCCCAGCGAGACUCAGCGGCAUGCCACUCCCCUACACCGCCGCCAAGCUAGCGCUAGCGGCCAAACACGCAGGAACCACAGGACAUGGCCCCAGAAGAGCGCUUGCGUUAGUGGUACGCAAGGCAGUGGCACGUUGCAACAUCAAAGAGCUCAAUCAAGUUCCAAAUGAGACACAGAAGCGCACUUCUCUCCAUUUCGAUUGGAGCAGCAACAACUGGAUGGCCAGCUUUCGUGGGUACACACUUGACUACAAGGAUCAUCUAGACGCACCACUAUUUGUGGCCAAAGAAGCCCUCAACUAUCUCACAGAAGAACUUCGUCAACCGAUCGACAAAGAUGAAUAUUGAUGGAAAGGAAAUUUUUUCAAAAAAAGAGGUCAGUUUCUGUCGAACAGCGCCGACUUCGAGUGCGCUUCGCUUUUUCUUUCAAAAAAUGCUCUGUCUUGUUCUUGAGCAGGGACCACAGCACAGCGACACAUCAUAGGACCACGUAGUAGCCAUGUUGCCCUUUAAGAAGGAAAGCAGUCCGAUGACGCCAGAAGAGUUCUUUCAGGAUUUUGAAAAGAGUGCCACCAUCUUCUUUUGCAACUACGUCUCCAUGCAGAAAAUAAUCUCACAUGAUGCGUCUGUUUGUGUCCAGGCGCAGAGCGAUAAACUAUGGGGAGACUCGUAUCGCGAGGCUAUCUCUGCGUGCAAAGAUGAGAAAUUGAAGAAAGCACUCAAUGAGCGCGCCAGCAAGAUAUUCCUACGGAAAUGCCUGUCCGAAGAGGAGUGCCUCGACACCACGCUCGCGCGGCUCUCCGCGUCCCGUGCCCGCUACGACGAUCAGGUGACCAAGCCCGACCGGCUCUACCCCUGGACCGACGGCCGGGAAGCCGUUGACUUCAUUCUCUUCUGCAACGACCGUGACUCUGCCCCCUCGUCCUCGACGUCCGCGUCUUCAUCCUCCUCCUCGAAGACAACCAUCGGGACCAGCGAUGACGCCAAGAAACAGAACACCGAGAAGAAGUACUCUUAUUUUUUCUCAGGUCUUGACCUGCUGUUGCCUGUGUUUUGGUAUGCGCGCAGUCACAUGCGAUGCAUUCGAUCAGCUCAAACUCGAAACACAGGUAAUUUGGCGCCCGCCCGAUCACCACCGGCACCAACGGCACAACACACACCACAAGCACCCACCCCACACCAAAAAGGUAUAGCUUCUCCCUAUUUUGUGAUGUCUUAGUGAUGAUGCAGAACUUCGCUUCUAGCUCCAUGCCCCCCUCCAUAACCAUGCAUAAGCGAAAGAACAUUACAGGCACCGACACACCGACCUACCGUGUAGUAAAACACUGCAUGUCGCCGUGGUGCCUGGCAGCUGUGCCACCGGUGGAGGAGGAUGUAAUCGGUCGUCUCCUGGAGGAUGCCAAAAAACGACUGCAGUGCACACGAGAUCUACUGAAAGAACAUGCGUCGAGACUCAGCAACACUGACUCGCGAGCGCUAGCAGAAGACUUUCUUGCGAUCACAACGGAAAUGCGCUACUUUUUAGACCUCGCUGACCACGUCUCUCUCGUGAUCCAAAAGCGACAAGCCCGGACCUCAGCCUGUGUGUUGUGUUUCUGAAAGUGCUGUAUUGCGAACUGCAGUCAAACAAGGCUCAGGUAGAAGAACCUCAGACAGACAAAUCAAGCUGUUCUGUUUCUGAAUUCCAAGAAGUAUUAUCGUGGGAUGAGUUCCAUCGUCCAGAUUCUUUUCAAAAAAUAUAUAUUUCUUCGAUCGAAUACCCAUUUCUCUCCCUGCGUCUGAUUCAUUUGAGCGAUUCUUUCUAAUCUCGAUCCCCAUCAGAUUCGAAUGAUGAUUCGUUUCAUUCUAAUCCGCAGAUGAGUGAUGCAAUUCAACAUCGGUUGAAGGCACACACGCUUACCCAAAUGAAUGAAACCGCAUGCAGUAAACCAUGCGUCCCGGACGAUUCCGUGGCCCCACAGUUGCCACAGUGUUCUGAAAGUAUGGCACUACCAUAGCCCCGCAAAGGCAUCACAACUGGCGGGAGGGCGGGCCUCAGGCAGCACGAUUGGGAGUAUAGUCUAGCUCACAUCAGAGCCGAAGGCUAUGUGUGCUCUAGGGGUGAGGCCCACUGCCCGCCCCGCCACUUCUGAAGGACGCUCGCGGUGCGUUUCAGCGUUCGGGUGUGUGCUCGCGCACCACCAAACGGCGACCUUGCCCCCCUUCGGGGGCGGGGGCCGCUGUAGGCAUCCAUCGGUCCGUGAACGGACGAAGACCAUACAGUAUGGGCAUUGGCACCUGCAUAAUAGUUACAACGAUUUCGAUGUCAUGUCGGCGAGCAGCUUGUUGACUGGAGGUAGUAGAACAGAUACGAAGAACACGACUUUGUCCAAGCGGCUCAGCUUUCUCGACGAAGUGGAAGGCGACACCACCAUACUAGGCGGGAUCGAUGAGGAGGACGUUUUUACUUCUGAAGGGGUGUUUUCAACAACUAACAGCGGCGGCGCAGGAGAAGCUUCUAGUUCUCUAUCGAGGGGCCGCGGGCCAAGGUCUGCUGGUUCCACCACGUCGACAUCAGCUGCAACAUCAAAGCGCGAUCCGCUCUCCACGCUGCCGAAUCCCUCUAUCUAUGAAUUGCAAAAGCAUCGUACUCGUAUAAAUGCAUUACAAAUUUUCCCAGCAUGAGAAAUAUGAAAUUUGUAAUGCGGAUUUGCAUUAAGAACAAAAUUUGUAAUGGAUGAUUGCAAUACGAGUGCUGUGCGAUACUUUUGUACAGGAUACUAUCCCGCAACCUACCAAGGAAGAGGUCGCGUCGAAGCAGAUCGUGGGUGUUUUAACCGACACGAUCGAGCGGGGAAAACGGGAAAUCACGGAUUUGCUACAGAAGAUCGACAUCGCGAGAAAUGAGGAACACCGUUUAGAGGAGCAGAAGGUCGAGAGAAUGAAGCUGGAAGAGGAAAUUUUGCAGCAGCGCUUGGAGUUGCAGGAACUGCAGCAGUUGCAGAGAAUUCAGCUGGAAAAAAUGACGAGUAAGGGUACAAGUGGUGGUCAUGGUCAUCAACAUGGACAUGCGGCUCCGGGAGAACGUGAUCGAGGUAGUCGAAAUCAUCACUAUCAUCAUCAUGGGCACGACCACCAGCACGACUACGAGCAUGGGCACAACAAGCACUACGAGUACGACCUCCAUAAUUCUGGUGCACCAGGACCACGACCUUUUUCCUCUCAAUCGAGGAAGAUCGACCAAGAAAGGAGGAAGGAGCUCCAGAAACAAAAAGAACUUUUCGAGGAAAAGGAGACGCAGAGACUGUUGAAAAAGCAGUUAGAAGAAGAGUUAGACCAAAGGGAACAGACCUUGCGAGCAAAAGAACAAGAAGCGGAGGAAAAGUUUCAGGAAACGCACGAGAUAGCUUAUCACGAACAGGAAAAAGAGUUGCUCCAACAGGAAUUAAACGACCAGCGGAGCUUUUUCGAGGAAAAACUCGUGAAAAUCGAGCAACAGAUAAGAAAAGAGAAGAAAAAAGUGGUGGAAGCGGAGCGACAAGCAGCCGUGGAGGAGGAAAGAAUGGCCGGCGCAAGUAGAGAUACGGAUUCUUACAGAGAAAGGAAGGGUAGGCACGAUCAACAUCAGGGUAGAAGUAUUAAACACCGCAGUGGCGCUAUGGAGAGAAAAAAGUUUGUCACUGUCACUAACUUGCGGGUUUUGCAUUACAAAUUUUUUUAGCAUCACAGCUUUCCCCUGUAUUGCAGAAACACUAGGGAAAUCCCUCAGGAAGUUUGAAUGUGAUGCAUUUUUACGCAUGACAGAAAAUUUUGUAUUGCAAAAAUGCGCAUGAGUGAUCGUGACGAACUUUUUUUUGUUUGAUAGGCGCGGGUGAUGAGUCCUUAGCGAUGGUGAAACUGUUGGAAAUAUCCUGAGUAACAACAUCCCCAGCUGCCCAUAGUUGUCAAGUUGGGACUCUAGCAACACAAAUCUCCAAGUUUUGGGAGCUGUGCAUGACAACUUUUCCUCUGCAGUGUUGGCAAGAGAAGCCGAAUGAGAAAGCCACUUUCGCAUCCUGUUUCCAGCAUUACAGAUUGAUUCCAAAACACGAUUGGAAAUGCCUCUCAUGGAGCUGCGCAUAAAUACAAAUGCUCUUCUCAUUGCACUUUUGCAUGACAACUCUGGUGUGGGGACGUUUUCACUCAGGAUAGGAAAUGACCUACGAAAAACUGUAUCAGAGAAUGCAGAAUAAGGGAAAAGUCAAAAUGUCCCUAAGUGCAGCUGGUCGUGGAGCCAAUAGAAAAUCGUCAGGUCGUGGUGGGGAUAGAAGGGAUGGGAGCAAUAGCAAAAGCGAUCGGAUUAGAAAAGACCACUACGCAGAGGAUUCUGAUGAGGAUGAGAAUUUGUUCUCGUCACCAACAAAUAUAAACCCGUUUCUUGUUCGAUGACGAAACUGUAAGAUUCGCUACUCUGCUGCAGUACAGGACAAGUAAAUCAAACCAAAAUUAUCGAAGCCACUUCAU